GGCUAGAGCAUCCUCACCGUCGCCGGCCCGGUCUGGCGCGCAGAGCAGCAGCUGCGUCACUCAAGUCGAACCCGAAGAUGAUGCCGCCAUCACGCGGCGCCUCAAGCUCGAAGCUGCCGUCACUGCUCGGGCAAAGGGUACGAGAGAGCGAGUCCGCAGGUGAGCUCGCUCUCGCUGCUUGGGUGUCGUCUGACCGUGAAAUCCAUGACAGGAUGUCCCCGAGCUGGUUCUCUGUCACGAUGGGCACGGGCAUCGUCCACACGCUGCUCUUCUUGCUCCCCUGGCCUUCCACACACGCGGUCUUUCGCGACAUCGGCCUCGUCUUCCUCGUGGCGACGAUGCUGCUCUUCAUCUGCUUCUCCAUCGCUCACGUGUCUCGCUACAUCAUCUUCAGGGGCAUCUUCGGCGUCAUGAUCAGGCACGAGUCUCAUUCGCUCUUUCUUGGUACUAUCCCUAUGGGAUUUGUCACCAUCGUGUCAGGCAUCGUCGUCGAAGGUUACGCGUUCAAUCUGCCGCAUGUCGUAUAUGCCGCCAGCGGGCUUUGGUGGCUCGCGCUCGUCAUGAGCAUGCUCACCGCCACCGCGGUACCUUACGCCAUGAUGACGCUUCAGAAGCAAUCCCAGCAAGGUCUCACAGCGCUCUGGCUCUUGCCCGUCGUCCCUCCCAUCACCGUCGCAGCGGUUGGCAGUUCGAUCGCGGCAGAUCUCGUAGAUGAUGACCCGUCAUACGCACUCACAAUCUUACUGACAAGCUACGUCAUGCUCGGCAUAGGCUUCCUCCUGGCCUUUAUGAUCUUGACCUUGUAUUUCGAAAGGCUGACCAUGCACCAUAUGCCGGCUCGCGAGGUCAUCGUCUCCACUUUCCUACCUCUCGGUCCAUGCGGCCAGGCAGGUUAUGCACUCAUCGAACUCGGCAAAGUCUGUAUGACGCUCUUUCCCGCUUUAGCCGCUCGAAACCCAGAUCGUCCGGGCCGAAAAGACCUCUCGCCCGUCGGCCCUGCAAUGUACGGCUGCGGGCUGGUGCUCGGCCUGAUGCUAUGGGGACUUGGCAUGUGGUGGGCUCUGCUUGCAAUCGUCAGCGUCGGCCAAAGCUUCAUGAAUCCCAAAGAGACUACUUUCUCAAUGGGAUGGUGGAGCUUCACCUUUCCCCUCGGCAGUAUGACGCUCCUGACGCUUUCGCUCGCGUCAGCCUUUGACUCUUUGUUCUUCAAAGUCGUCGCGACAAUCAUGACCGGUGCUGUCCUCGCUCUCUGGCUACUCGUAGCGAUCCCGACGGCCAUAGGCUUCGUCCGCGGCACUCAGGUCUUCCAAGCGCCUUGUCUGGCUGAUCUACCGGACAAGGAAGCCCGAGAGACAGGUGCGCAUGAGGCCGAGAAAGGCAGCGCGAUGUAGCGUCCUCACGAGUGCUCGCUGGCGCGCGUCUGGGUCACAUCAGUACCAACAACGACGCCGCGUGCUCGUGCCUCGUCAGCGCGGACGUACAGCAUCAUCGCCGGCGUCUCAAGUGGCGCAUACGAACUUGUCGACAGACUGCCAGCACACGUGUGUAAGAACUAUCUCAGACCGCGUCGCUGCAGCCGCCGAUGUAUGGCAGCGUAGGGCUCUCAGAUUAGCCAACUCAAAUGGCGACGACACGCAGACUACUGCUGCGUCAUUCUCGGC